GGAAGACAACAGCCACUCACUCACGCACAGCUUCGACCACGGCGAGGCCAACAGACACGCGACGACCGGGGAAAAAUACAGGGCCAGGAGGGGGGAUGGGAAGAAGCCUUACCCAAGAGUCUCAACGUCCAGCAGCGAUUCUUUCGUGCUUGAUGGCCGCUGGGGGCGGACUGCUGCCAGAGUCGCUUAGCGGUCGGGAUGGGGGGUGGGAAGCGGGGGACUGCGGCAGACACAAGAGGGAGGCCAGCGUGGAGGCAGCGCAAUGGCAGUCGCAGCAGGGGUUCCGGAUACGCAGGGGCUCACAGAAAGCGUCGAUUCGUGGUGAGGCCGAUAAGACACAGGGGGGCGUGGUUCUGGUGCUGAGUCCGGAGAGAGCGAGGUUAGAGGAGCCAAGUCAGGGAGCGCUCGAUAUACGGCAGCCAGGCGAGGCGCGUGUUGUGGCGGGAACUUGAUACACUCAGCAGGAGCUGUGACGGGCCACCACGCCUAGACGUAGACUAAAAGAGAUGCAGGUGGGAUAUUAUCUGAAGGUUUCAUCUGCUGUACUUGAAUUUUACUGUCUAAUAGCCAUGAUGCUCCGUGGUGACUCUGUUGCUGCUUACUCUGGUGCGUUGUGGACGAUUUCCUGUUCCUUUCGCUGUGGCGGUACAGUCAUGUGACUGGAAUUCCUGUGGC